CCUCCCUCCUCCUCAGCCAUUCCAAGCUCUUGUCAGGAUGUGCUCAGCUUUCCUGCAAAGCUGCUGGAUCUCACCCACUCCUGUGUCUCUGCCCUGCUCAGUGACAACAGUGCCCAGGAGCCGCAGGAAGCUCUGGAAGAACUGGGAAGCCCUGACUGCUUCCCUGUCCUGCUCGGAGACUGCCAGGAAUGUUACCGAGAUGUUUGCAAAAUAUCUCCAGCUCUCCGAAAGAACAGAUUUCCUCCUCAGAAUCAUCGAGGGCAUGCAAGAUUUCAGCAUCUACAACAAGCAGCUGGUUGGAAGCGUGGUAGCCGGGAUCAGAGAAGAGUCUUCCCACUGGCUGGUGGAUAUGCCAAAGAUCAUGAGCUCCCUCUACAAGACCCUGCACUUCAUGAGCUGGGACUCAGCCUGGCAGUGGGUGCGCCCACUGCUUCUCGGGAUGCUUGAGCAGUGCCCUGAGGAGGCAGUCAGGCUGCUGCUGGACACUGCUCCACCAGGAGACAGCUCUGGCCUGGAAAUGUGGGAGAUGAUGUUAUCCACGCCCCUGGCUGUGGAUCUGGUUUUGGUGCAGCUGUUCAAGCAGCUCCAGCAGAGGAAGCAGAAGAUGCUCUUCUGCACUCUCAUGGAGGACACUUCUUGCUUGGCUCUUCUGGCCAGCAUUUACUUGCCAGGGGAGCACUUUGCCAGAACCUAUGAGUUCUGGAGGUUUCUGAGGCAUCAGAGCCAGGACAUGCUCUCCGUGGCGCUCAGCGGCAUUGCUACGCUGUCCGGGAUUCCUGAGAUGGUGAGCAGGGCAUUCCGGAGGGCAGGCAGGGGAGGGAAUGGCUGCACUCCAGUGGCAGCACCAUCCAUCCACCCAUCCAUCCAUGUGUACACACAUCCAUAUGUGAGGAAAAUGAAGGUGCUGCUGCCAGACUUGCUGGAGGUCCUGGAGCAGGGCAAUGAGCAUGUUCAGUUGAAGGCCCUGAGAGUCUGCAGGAAUGUGCUGAGGGAACUGAGGAGGGAGGAGGUCAUCCCCAUGGCUGUGGAACUGCUGGACAAGCUCCUGCCCCUCUUUGACAAUGAGCUGUUUAGCGAGCUGAGGGAGAUCUCCAUCAGCCUCUUCACUGAGCUGCUGAAAAAGGUGGCGGGGAAGUGCAAGAGGCAGAUGAAGAAGCGAGUGCGACGGGGGCUGCUCCCACUCUUUUUUCACAUGAGUGACGACACCCGGAGUGUGGCCGAGGCCUCCAGCCAAGCCCUCCUUGCUGCCGCAGAGCUCCUCAAAUGGCAACAGCUCCAAGACCUGGUGAAAACAGAGCAGACGUGGAGGAUUGGAGAGUGCUUGCUGCUGCAGGACAGGACCAGGGCUGACGACUACUUGGAUCAGAGCCAGGGGUACCUGGAUAACGCUCAGGACACCCUGAGGAUGGAGGCCAUCAGGUUCAUCGGGCUUGCUGCACGGGGCCAAAGCCAGCAGAAGCUGUCAGAGAUGAUGAGCACACUUUAUCCCCUGGAGCACGACUGCACACCAUCCAUCAGGUGCCUGGCAACUCAGACCAUUUCCAUCCUGAGCACUCUAAGGGUGAAGGCAGAACGGAGAAGAACCAAGAGACCUUGGUGCUGCUGAGCCCAGCUGAGCUGCAGCUCUUCCCUGGGAACAAUCCUGUGCUGCCUCCAGCUCCUGGCU